GCAGUUUGAAACGCUGAAUUUCCACUGGCUUUCAUUCAUGGAACAACGCAAAUUCAAAUAUCUCAUUCUCUCUCUUCUCUUGACAUUAUUAAUCCCUGAAUUCCAGGCUGAAUGCUACUGGCGCACAACAGGUGCCUGCAAGUACGGUAAAUACAAGUAUAAAGUUGGGGAGAUGUGGAAGACCAUUGACUGCUAUCAAUGCAGCUGUAUAGCUCCAACACAGAUUAUUUGCUGUGACAUGGUAAAUUAUACAGUUGAUGUUCGUCAAUAUUGUGCUAUGUGGUACGAUGCAAGGACUCGCCAUCCUUCUCAACCAUGUGGUCGACGUUUGAAGCAACAAUUGAAGCGCUACAAAAAAUCAAUUUACAUGACUUCAGUAUACAGAAACUUGCUUAGCUUACCUUCAAGCUUACGAAAAUAG